AUGACAAAGCCUUCUACCAAAACGCUGCGUUUGGUGCUAUUGGCGCACAUUGCCCUCAUCCUCUUUGCGUCUGGCAGUACCGCUUCCGGUCGCAAUCAUCAUCGUCAUCUACAUCACUCGCGCCACCCCAAACAUCACAACCCUCACAUUUCCCCUUCCGACGAACACGUCAUCCCGCACAAAGCCACUCACAAACGAGCCUUUGGCAAAGUACCACGCGUCUGGACUCCCUCCCAAGGACCUUUCCGUCGCUCCUCGUCCUCCGAAGGUCAGCCCCCGGAGCCGUUCUUGGAAGAAAGCAAACCCGGAUGGUCAUUCUGUCAUGUCUACGACAUUCCAUUUUGGGAUGGUGGAGAUGCUGCUGCCUGUCCUGCCUCUUCUUCCCCCGCUUUUAUUCAUUCUUCCCCGCAUCAGCCUUCUUCCCCUCCCAAUUCAGAAGAGAACGUUCGAGGCGAUCUAGUUGGGGAGGCAGUCAAGCAUCGACCAGAUCACAAAAGGCGCACUAUCCCUCACGAAGCCCGAAGUGACUUUUGCACCCAUGGCAACGCCCCCGUUCCUCUUCCCGAUCCUCAUGCUGUCUGCAAGUCAGCUUCGAAUGGGGGAAGGUUGGAAAAGAGAAUCAUCCCCACCUUCGGCCAGAUCCAGCAGAUUGUAGGCCAAGGUAUAGAGGCUGGUAGAGAGACUCGCCUCGCUAAACUCGGAGUUGCAGGUGGUGGCGGGGGAAUAGGAGGAGGAGCGACACCUGCAGGAGGAGUAGGGAUGGGGUCAGGCCUCAACCCUCUUACGGGGAUGGCUUCACCUAUGACCGGUGGUUUGAGAAGCAUGAUAGGUGCUGGUCCGGGACUUGUUAGCCCGAUCCCAGGGUUUGGUCAGAUUCAGCAAAUUGUGAAUCAAGGCAUUCAGGCUGGAAAGGAUGUUCGUCUUGCCAGACUUCGUGCGCAAGGGGCUGGUGCUGGUGCUGGUGCUGCUAUCCCUCAAGCCGGAGCCGGAGCUCUUGGUUCAGCAGGCACUGCUGCUUCUCCCGGCGGUGCCACCACUCCCCUCACCCGUCGAGCAUCCCCAUUCGACGACGACUCGAUCCCACCCGAAGUGACGUCCCUCAUCCACGCCGCUCUGAAAACCAACAACGCACUAAACUCUGCAUUUUCCUCUUCCUCCUCCCUCAAGGCCAGCUUCGUCAAAAGAGACCCAUUGGGACCAGCAAUGAUGAUGGGUCCUAUGAUGGGAGGUGGUAUGGGAGGAAUCAAUAUCGGACAGAUGGUGCAAGCAGCUAUUCCUGCGGUAGUGGCUGGUAUUCAAUCCCUGGGUAAUGUGGGUACUGCUUUCUUGCAGUACAAGACAACGACGGAUAUUGAAAAGAUGAAAGAGGAUUUCGCGAGGAAUAUGACAGAGAGUGGCCAUCCAGGAGUGACGACUGGUGUCGCAGGUGCUGAUGAAGCUUCCACCGCUGGUUCGUCUGGGCUAGCUGACUCCAUCGGUGCAGGUGGUUCCGGUGCAGGUGCUGGUGGUGGCGGUGAUGGAGGUGUCGCAGGUGCUGGUGGUACCGGUGGCGCGGCUAGUGCCACUGAUGCCGCUGGCUCUAGUGCCUCUACAAGCCCGCUCACUUCUGCUGGCUCAGCUGGCUCCCCUGGGUCAGCUUCCACGACUGACUUAACGAGCUCAUCCUUUACUCCCUCCUCCGGUGCAGGCGCCGCAAAGACCAAACGAGAAACCACCUCCUCUUCUUCCUCAUCCUCAUCGCAAUGCGGUGGUAGCCCAGAACUAUGCUACCAUCUCAUCGAACGAUCGUACUCAUAUUGCCUCCCCUCCUCCACCACCCCCUCCAUCUCCAACCUUGUCUUCGACCUCACCCAUUCCCGCGCAUCAUCCUCGAACCUCGUCCAACUACUCCUCAUGCAUUGCUCACUCCACUGCACAGGCUUCACCGACCUCACCGAGAAACCCGACUUCAAACAGAAAGCCGAAACGUGCACAAAAGACAAAUGGCUUUUCAACAAGAUUCAUUCCCUCACCUCUACCAGCCACGACUUUACUAAGCCGCAUUCUUUGGCUCGUCGCGAUGGCCCUUCUUCCCCCCAAUCACAGUCGAAAAAGAAGUGUCAUGAUGGGUACUCAACGCUGUUCACCAAUGCGAGGAGGCCAUUGGAAUCGUAUGGGGGAAAAUCGUUCGGGUCGGUCGUCUCAGAUCCGGAAAGCUUCUUACAUUGGGGCAUGGUAACAAGUGUAUCGCAGUGUUUAAGGGCAUGUGACGAGACGAAAGGGUGCGUGUUUGUGAAUCUUUAUCAGCAGAGUUUCAGUCUCGAUCAUCCUACGCUGAAGCUCGUCAACCGUGGGUUGGAGGAGAAGCAGGAAGGAGAGACGGAUGCGGAGAAGGAGAGGGGAGGAGGGGACGCUGAAGAGCUGAAACGGAAGAAGGUAUUCGCUCAGAAACCAGAAGCGAAGAAAAACACUUUCGUUCAAGGUCAGCUCACUUGCGCGCUGUAUUCGAGGUGUCAUCUGGAGUGCGAGGCGGAGCAUAGAAGUGGUGGUGAUCCGGUUUUCUUUGAGCAUAGUGCUGGGUAUUGCAAGUCUCAAGACUGCAUCGGGGCGAAGAAGGAGGAGUAG